AUGGGGGGGAGAGCAGAGUGUCGAAAGAACCGUCGAAAAUGCAUACGUAUUGAUUCCAAUAGCCCAUGCGAAAGAUGCAAAGAUCUCGGUAAAGAAUGUGUAGAAGCUCUUGUAAAAGCAACCAUGAAAGCAAAAGGCUUGUCCGAAUCAGCAUAUAAUGCUCAUAAUUUACAAGAUCAAGUAAAGCAGUUGGAAAUGGAGGUUCAACACAUCGAAGCUGAAAUGAAGAGAUUAAGUAACCGCAGCAACAAUAAGUUGGUACCUAUGGGCCAACAGUAUCUACCACCUUCUGAUUUAUUUUAUAAAUGGAAAUUCAAAAUCAAAGAUGGCUUCUUUAGCAUAGAAACUGGCAUUCAAUCCAUCAGUGAAUUGAUCCCUCUUCAAUCAUCCUCUAUAUCUUACCUAUCGCCCAUCUACAGUAACAAUCCCGAAGAAAAUAUCUAUCUCGGAAAAGAUUCAAAUAUGCUAUUGAGCUUUCAUUGGGAAGAUGUGAACUGCCAGGCACCACAUUUUACAGCACGAAUUGCAACACGGUCUUUUGAGAGAAAAAAGACAAGCGAUCCUGAUGAAACCCUUUUAGCCGAAACACUCUUUAUUGACCCUCGCUCUACUGUUCAUGAAUUGGUGGAUGCCUUCUUCAAAUGCGAUAUUGUCUAUAACUCUCUGGUACAUGAAUCUAGUUUUAGAGCCAAGUUAUCCAUAUUACAAGAUCCACUCUUGGAUCUUACCACUCUCUCUAUUUGCUGCUAUGUGUGUACUACGCCUUGCAAUGAUGUCGCCCAUUCUUGGCGAAGAAAACGUCAUUUAGCUGAUUUCUUUUAUGUCAAAGCAAAAUCUGUUUUUCUUGACCAGUUUGAUGACUAUGAAAAGCGAUUGGAAAAUAUGGUUUCUGUCUGCUUAUUAUCUCGAUAUAUACACAUGACACUUCGGUUUUCGGACUGUUGUCGACUACUCGAAAUGGCUUUCCAAAUCAGUCUUGAUCUUCACAAAGAUUACAAUGCUUAUUUUGAGUCAGAAACAGAUAAGGAAGUGACUGACCAUGUUGAUGAAGCCCUGUUUAGUCGGUGUUAUUAUCUUAUUGUCAAUAUGCGUCGAGUAAUGCAAUUUAUUGCCAAUGAGUCUAUGAACGAACCUGAAUUUCGAUAUCCUCGGUGGCAGUAUUUGGUAGACGAAUCAGAAGAAACAAGACGUUAUGUUAGACUACAAAACUGGAUUUUGUCAAUUGUCGAUCACCCUUUUAUGUCUGCUUUUAAGAAACAAAUUCAUCGUGUCCAUAUUGGUAAAGUAUGUACAUUAAGCUUUGAAUCUAUUGUCAAAGCAGAUCAAGUCAUACAAGAAUGGGCAUCUUCUGCUCCUGAUGAAUUCCGCUUGUUUGAUGACUAUUUUGCUGUAGAAGCUUGCAAGGAAAUCAUUUGUAAGAUACAAGACCCUAUUCUCUUGGUAAACUUUUGUAACCUUCAUGUUCUCCAACUCAACAUCAAUUCAUCUAUGCUGCAACCCAUUGCUUUGAAUAACGAAUCCUCACAAUUGGCACAGUGUGUUUUGGAACAUUCAUUAAGUAGAUCAUUGACAGGAUGUCGUCUCUUGAUUUACGCGAUUAAACAGUUGUUCCACGCUUGCGGCAAUUACACUGUACUUGCGUUCGACAAUCUUUUAUAUACAUUUGAUGUGCUUAUGCUACUCUCUUUAUCUCCCAAUCAACAGGUGGCAGCAGAAGCCAAGUCAAUGAUGAAAAUUUGCUUUGAAGAAAUCAAGAACAUCCGUUUUAUGCAAGGAAUUAGUAUUCCUAAGGAAACUUCACCUAUGGCAAGCAUUAUCACUGAACAGUUCAAGGACAAGAAGUUUGAUGUAGACUAUUAUGAUAAAUACCCUCAUCCAUGGUUCGCUAUGAUGUUUGAUGCAAUUCAUGUUAUUACUUCCUGUACUUAA